AGACAGAUAGAUACAUACAAAUAUGUAAAUGUAAAGGAGCAGCGGUGACCUGACCUUCUGCCACCACUUCCACGGCGGCGCACGGCGGCCAGAGCAUUCGUAUAAGACAGCAAUGGGUCAGGGGCUAAGCUGCAGAGCAAGUGACGAGCACGAGCUACUUGCUGCAAUCCACCAUGGCGAUUUGGAAACCGUUGAGGAAUUUCUACAAACAGAUUCAAGUUCAACCAUUAAUCUCCAUCGCUCCGCAGCCUAUGAUCGCAACUCUUUUCUGCAUAUCGCCGCUGCUAAUGGCAAAAUCGAGAUCCUUUCGUUGCUCCUCGACAAAUCAAUCAAGCCUGAUUCAUUGAAUCGACACAAGCAGACGCCAUUGAUGUUGGCUGCUACGAACGGGAAGCUCUCCUGCGUUGAAAAGCUGAUUGAAGCUGGAGCCAAUAUUCUGAUGUUUGAUUCAGUAAAUGGAAGAACGUGCUUGCACUACGCCGCCUACAACGGCCACUCCGAUUGUCUUCAGGUCAUUCUAUCGGCGGCAAGAGAUUCUCCGGUUGCCAAUUCUUGGGGAUUUUCUCGGUUUGUGAACGUUAGAGACGGCAAAGGGGCGACGCCUCUGCACUUGGCUGCACGGAGGAGUCGCCCCGAAUGCGUUAAUGUGCUAUUGAACAAUGGAGCUCUCGUUUGCGCCACAACCGGUAGAUACGGGUUUCCGGGAAGCACUCCUCUUCAUUUGGCUGCAAGGAGCGGUUCUAUCGACUGUGUUAGGGCUUUGCUCGCUUGGGGCGCCGAUCGACUUCAGAUGGACAAUGCAGGGCGAAUACCGUAUAUGGUUGCUUUGAAGCAUCACCAUAGAGAAUGCGCGGCUCUAUUGAAUCCAUCGUCCGCGGAGCCUCUCAUUUGGCCAUCGCCUCUCAAGUUUAUUAGUGAACUUAAUCAUGAUGCGAGAGCGCUCCUCGAGUGCGCUCUCAUGGAGGCGAAUAAGGAACGGGAAAAGGAGAAGGUGAUCGCGAAGGGAACCGUUCAUCCGUUGCCAUCUUCGGUAGAAUACGGGAUCGACGACAAUGCAUCCGAGGCGAGCGACGCCGAUCUAUGCGGCAUAUGCUUCGACCAAACAUGCGCCAUCCAAGUCGAGGAAUGCGGCCACCAAAUGUGCGCGCAAUGCACGCUCGUCUUGUGCUGCCACAACAAGCCCGACCCAACCACCGCCUCCCCGUCCGUACCCGUCUGCCCUUUCUGCAGGAGCAACAUCGUGAAACUGGUCGUUGUCGCGAAGGCGAAACCCGAGACCGAUAAAGAACAAGAACCCGGUUUUUCAAAGCCUCGGAAAUCUUGGCGAGGCAGGAAUUCGGGCGAGGGAAGCAGCAGCUUCAGAGGUUUAUCGGCGAUAGGUUCGUUCGGCAGAAUGGGCCGCGGCUCGGGCAGAAUUGUGGCCGAGAACGAAUGGCUCGACAAGGUACAACGUGUGGCUUGAGAUUUUGUGGCUGGAAUAUGAAGAGGCCAUUGUUUUCGUUGCAUUGAUCUUUGGUUGUGUGUACAUUGUAUUGAUAUUGUGUAUGUAUACAUACUUUGAUUGGUGUGGAUUUGGAUAAUAAGCAAAUGGAUACUUGCAGGUU